UGGGAAUGGACAAUGGGAUGCUUCCUGAUUUUACCAUGAUCAAAAAUUGCUUUCUUCUUUGUAUUGCCAUGGAUUUAGUCAGUCAUUUUGGCUUCUCACAGAUGCCAACAGCUUCAGGGAAAUAUGACACCAAUGAUAACAUUACCAUAUUCACUAGAAUCCUUGAUGGCCUCUUGGAUGGUUAUGAUAACAGGCUUCGCCCAGGCCUGGGAGAGAGAAUAACGGAGGUGAAAACAGACAUCUAUGUCACCAGUUUUGGUCCAGUUUCAGACACUGAAAUGGAGUAUACCAUUGAUGUUUUUUUCCGACAAAGCUGGAAAGAUGAAAGGCUUCGAUUUAAAGGCCCAAUGCAGCGUCUGCCUCUUAACAAUCUCCUGGCCAGUAAGAUCUGGACCCCAGAUACUUUUUUCCAUAAUGGCAAAAAAUCCAUCGCUCACAACAUGACCACUCCCAACAAGCUGCUGCGCCUUGAGGAUGAUGGAACCUUGCUGUACACAAUGAGAUUAACCAUAUCUGCGGAAUGCCCCAUGCAACUUGAAGACUUCCCCAUGGAUGCUCAUGCUUGUCCAUUAAAAUUUGGAAGUUAUGCUUAUCCCAAUUCAGAAGUGAUCUAUGUGUGGACUAACACCUCAGCAACUUCAGUGGUAGUAGCAGAAGAUGGCUCUAGGCUUAACCAAUAUCACCUGAUGGGACAAAGUGUAGAUUCUGAAAACAUCAGUACCAGUACAGGGGAAUACACUGUAAUGAGAGCGCACUUCCAUCUGAAAAGGAAGAUUGGUUAUUUUGUCAUCCAGACUUACCUUCCUUGCAUUAUGACAGUAAUCUUAUCCCAAGUAUCGUUUUGGUUAAACAGAGAAUCUGUCCCUGCUCGAACAGUCUUUGGAGUGACUACAGUUCUUACAAUGACGACCUUAAGCAUCAGUGCCCGUAACUCUCUACCCAAAGUGGCUUAUGCUACCGCGAUGGAUUGGUUCAUAGCUGUAUGCUAUGCCUUUGUCUUUUCUGCCCUGAUUGAAUUUGCCACUGUCAACUAUUUUACCAAAAGAAGCUGGGCCUGGGAUGGCAAAAAAGCUUUGGAGGCUGCAAAAAAGAAGAAAAAAGAGCGUGAAUUAUUGGCAAAUAAAGCCAUAAAUACAUAUGCUGUUGGAAGGGUGACGCCCACAUUAAACAUACCAAAGGACUCCACCCCUUCAGUCAUCUCCAACUCUGCUUCUGCUCCAGCCAUACCCAUUGAGAAACCAGCUGAAAACAAAAAGACCUAUAACAGCAUCAGUAAGAUUGACAAAAUGUCACGAAUAGUUUUCCCCAUCUUGUUUGGAACAUUUAAUUUAGUUUAUUGGGCCACAUAUUUGAACAGGGAACCUGUUAUUAAAGGUGCUGCUUCUCCAAAAUAAAUGGAAGGACUUCCAGAUCAAGCGUUAGCCAUACUUGCAAAAACAAAUGCUACCAAGGAGAAUUUGAGGUUCCAAAAGAUUUUUGACCUUUGGGAAAUAUUCUUCAGGAAGUUUUUGCAUGUUUAACAAUAUGUACAAAAUUAUUCUUGCCUUGAUGAUUUCUACAUGUAACCUCAGAUGUUUCUGACAAUUACAUAAGUGGCAGCAGACACUAAUCUUUUUAGGACAACAGAAGACAUGGAACAUAGCUUCUGUGCUGCUGGGUAUCCUGCAUUGAUAGUUUACAAAAUGAAAUAGGGUAUAUUUUUUAAACUGUUUGGGCAUAUAGCGUAUCUGCCAUUUUUUAUACUUCAAAUGUACAUUCGUGCACAUAGUGGGACUGUGAACUUUGCAACUGCAGAGAUGUUCUUACGAGCUAUUUCAGAGUUUGCCAGUACUGGAACACUCUAGCUCAUAGUCAUGCUGUAUGCACAGGGAGUGGAUUAACAGCACCUCUUAAGAGCACAUGCCCACAAGCAAGUUUUGGCAGACCACUGAAGUCUACACCCCUCCCCUUAUAAGUUGGAUGUGUGGAACAAACUGUACAGCUCAAAUGUUACAGGCACAGAUUUCUUUUUGCCUCUGAAUGCAGCAUUUUUUUUUUUAUUAUGAAGACCAUUUACACGUUGAAAUACAAAUCUCUGAAAACUGGACUAGUUUUCCAACCCGUUCUCUGUCCUCAGCUUUGAUACGUGGUGGCAGUGCUCAGUGUGUAAAACUGUCUAAUGAUUAACACUGAUGAGAACUGCUAAAUAUUACUGGUGCCCGUGACAUAUAUACCAUGGGGGACCCGGAGCCCUGUGAUGACUGCCAUGGGUGGACUUUUCUAGAUAAUGUCAUAGAAUGCAAAGUAUUCAGCAGUGUACAGGAAUCGGCCCUUCCUUUCUUUGCAUUGUAAACUUGUGCAGGUUUUGUCGAACCAGAUGUAGCGCUUUGUAUCUGUGCAUCAGCCACAUUCUCUCGAUUCUAGCCCAUGCCUUGGCAUUUGAACUGAGUGGCUUGCUGCAAAUCUAGUGGCUGCCUCCUUGGUGGCGUCAUAGCCCCAGAAGGCUCAGGUGGCUUCAGAACUAGGACUUUGAAACAGUAGUGGCCUAAAUGGACUGUUGCCCCUGAAACACAAGGCAAAGACACUGAAAGCCACUCUCCCAUUGUGCCCCAUCUGGACUGGUUAAUUCAAGCAGAUUCCUCCACUUCUAUGAUAAGGCCAGUCCUGGUAAAAACACCGCUGUUGCCUUCUCCAGACGCCUCCCUCAGUUCACCCAUUGCCACAAUUCUUUCUUUGCCAUCCUGAGAAUUCCACAACUGCCCCGUGGUUUCCCUUUCAAGGCCAUUUGAAACAAUUUCAGGUUUUACAACAAGCCACAUCAGGUGACCA